UCCUUACGUAAACUUUACACACACACACACACACACACACACACACACUACAAGUAGCAAUUCUCUACUAGCUAGCAAUCACAGUUUCACACUAUAUUACACAACUUUCUCUCUCUAACCACUUAAUUCUCUCUCUCUAGAAACAGGGAAUUAAACAUGAACAUGCAUGUAAUAAGUCGCCCUAUUUCAAUCUCUUCUUUCCGUGUUCUUCUCGUAAUUCUGUUACAACUCGCGACCACGUCAGAUUCUUCUCUAGAUUCCUUCAUAUACGUGGGCUGCUCCCAGAUAAGCUACGCGCCGGGAACCGCGUUCGAGUCAAACGUCAACUCCAUACUCUCCUCCAUACUCAACUCCGCCGCCGUCUCCAACUACAACAACUUCAAGAUCUCUAACCCCGGCGCCGGCGCCGGCGACACCGUCUACGGCCUCUUCCAGUGCCGCGGCGACCUCAGCACCUCCGACUGCCACGACUGCGUCUCGAACGGGGUCACCCGGCUCGGCGCGUCCUGCGUCGGCUCCACAGGCGGCGCGUUGCAGUUCGACGGGUGUUACCUCAGGUACGACAACGCGUCCUUUCUGGGGGUGGAGGACAAGACGGUGGCCUCCGAUAAGUGUGGGCCCAUCGGAGAUGAGUCGGACUUGUUGACCCGGAGGGAUUCGGUGCUUGAUUUUCUAAAGUCCGGCGGGCAGUUUUUCCGGGUAAGUGGGUCGGGUAAGAUCCAGGGGCUGGCCCAGUGCGUGCAGGAUUUGAGCGUUGACGAGUGCCAGGAUUGUUUGUCUGAGGCGAUCCAACGGCUGAGAAGUGAGUGCGGGUCAUCUGCUUGGGGGGACAUGUUCUUGGGGAAAUGCUACGCGCGGUAUUCGGAGCGUGGGUACACCUCAAAACACGAAAAUGGUGAUGACGUGGAGAAAACAUUGGCCAUUUUCAUUGGACUUGUGGCUGCUGUUGCAAUACUAAUUGUCUUCCUCUCUUUCUUCAGUAAACUUUUUGAUAGCAAAGUGUUCAAAAAAUACUGCUUUAUGAAAAAACGACACAUAUUUAUGAACAGAGGGAAGAGCGAUUUUUCCCGCCAAAAAAAAAAAAUGAUUUCCCGCCACCACCUGAUCUUGCUGGUCAUCAUCUUCUCCGUUACAACAUUCCUCCCCACCACAUUCUCCAACCUCGCCGCCGACCGAUCAGCCCUCCUCCGCCUGCAAGCCGCCGUCCGCGGCCGCACCCUCCUCUGGAACACCACCUCCGCCGCCGCCGCCUCACCCUGCUCCUGGGAAGGCGUCACGUGCGGCGGCGGCGCAACCAACCCCCGCGUCGUCGCACUCCGCCUCCCCGGCGACGGCCUCAGAGGCCGCCUCCCGCCGAACUCCGUCGGAGGCCUGACCGAGCUCCGCGUCCUCAGCCUCCGGCGAAACUCCCUCUCCGGCGAAAUCCCCUCCGAUCUCUCGUCAUGCACGCAUCUCCAAGACCUCCACCUGCAAGGAAACAACUUCUCCGGCGAAUUCCCGGCAAGCUUCUUCACUCUAACAAACCUCCUCCGCCUCAACUUAGCCGGAAACAGCUUCUCCGGAAAUAUAUCACCCCGGUUCAACAACCUAACCCGGCUGAAAACCCUGUACUUAGAAAACAACCGGUUCACCGGACCACUCCCGAAUUUACCAAACCCUAAUCACCUAACAAACUUCAACGUUUCGGGUAACGGGUUAACGGGUCAAAUCCCAUCGGAUUUCGCCAUUUUCACUCCACAAUCUUUCCUACAAACCUCUCUCUGCGGCCACCCUCUUGCUUCUUGCUCAAGCAACAAUGGCGGCGGCGGCGGCAGUAGCCUCUCCACGGGAGCAAUCGCCGGAAUCACAAUCGCAUCAACCCUCGUCUUACUUUCAAUAAUCCUCAUAACCACAUUCGUAAUUUCACGGCGAAAACGAAAUAUCCGAACCCGAAAAAUCCUUCCUCAUAUACUCGAAAGAUCGUCCCCUACGCCGUGUUCCCCUGUCAAACCAAAAAUCGAAAUCAAUAAUCACUCCGUUUAUUACGACGAAAAACGAACGAGCGACGACGGACUGGUGUUGUUCGGAGAAGAUCAAGUUGAAAAUUUCAGCUUGCAGGAUUUGUUGAGUGCUUAUGCAGAGGCGAUGGGGAAAGGUACGGUUGGAUCGACGUACAAGGCGUAUUUCGACAGUGGCGUUGAGGUAAUUGUGAAGAGGUUGAAAAAUGUUCGUGUUUCCGAGGAAGAGUUUAUUGUUAAAAUUGAGGAAGUUGGAUUGUUUGAUCAUGAGAAUUUGGAGCCGGUUCGAGGUUAUUUCUAUGGUAGAGAUGAGAAGCUUCUUCUCUAUGAGCCCAAGACAAAUGGAAGCUUGUCUGAACUUCUUCAUGGAAACAACAAAAGACAGCUAUCGUGGGAAAACAGGGCUAAAAUAGCUCUUGGAGUUGCACGCGGUAUCGAAUAUCUCCACUCCGUGGGCCCCACAACCGCACACGGCAACCUCAAAUCAUCGAACGUUUUCCUCACGGAAAACUACGAAGCACUUGUCUCCGAGUUUUGCCUAACGCACCUCGUUUCGCCACUUGGCAAUCUCAACGGAUAUCGAGCGCCUGAGGUGGCGGAUACACGCGAUGUUUCACGACAAGCGGAUGUGUAUAGCUUUGGAAUCUUGCUUUUGGAAAUUCUUACAGGUAAAGAACCGGACAAGGUUUUGACCGAGGAAGGGAUCGAGUUGCCUAAUUGGGUUCGAUCGGUCGAUCGGGAGAAGUGGAGUGUUGAAGUGCUUGAUUCUUCUUCUGAUUUGGUCGGGUUUGAAAAUUUUGAGGAGAGAAAAUUGGUGAAACUGUUAAAACUCGCGAUGUCUUGUACUGAUCAGCUUCCUGACGAGCGACCUUCCAUUGAAGAGGUCGCCCGACGGAUUGAAAAGAUAUGUGGUUGA